UAAGGGGAAAACAACUCAAGUCAACAAGGCGUGUGUGUCUAAUCACCUAUUCCAUUAGUUCAGUGAGUCCCAUUUGCAGAAGAGAGAGGGAGAGAGAAAAAAAGAAAAUAAGAAAAGAAAACAGAUGUGUGUCUCUGCAUUGUAGCAAGGCAAAGGGAACACAACCCAGACACACCGCCCAUCACCACCACCACCACCACCUCCUUCUCCUCCUAAGCAAACACCAAAACCGUCUCUCUCUCUCUCUAAAGUCAAAACUCUCCUCUUCUUCCUCUUUUUUGCAACCUCUCUCUCUCUCUCUCUCAACCAAAAAUCAUUUUCUAUUUUUAUUUGAUUUAAUUUUUUUAUUAUUAUUUUACCUGAUCUGAGAAAAGCUUCUGCACAUUCCUCUUCUGCAUACGCUUCUGCUGAGAUGAAUAAUAAUAAUAAUAAUAAUAACUUAUAAAAUACAUACACACUCUUCUCGCCGGCAAGCUAUCUCCGAUGAAGACGCAGCCUGAACCUGCCGCCGUCGUCGCCGUACCUAACCCCGAAGAGAAGAAGAGCAUCAACCCGGAGCUAUGGCAAGCGUGUGCGGGGCCGUUGGUGAACCUUCCGCCGGCGGGAACACACGUCUUCUACUUCCCUCAAGGACACAGUGAGCAGGUCGCAGCGUCUUUGAAGAAAGAUGUGGAUGGACAGAUUCCAAACUAUCCUAAUCUUCCAUCCAAGUUGUUGUGUCUCCUUCACAGUGUUACUUUGCAUGCUGACCCAGAAACCGAUGAAGUUUAUGCUCAGAUGACACUUCAACCUGUGCCUUCUUAUGAUAAGGAAGCUUUAUUAAGAUCAGAUCUUGCUCUCAAGUCAAACAAGGCACAGCCUGAGUUUUUCUGCAAACAGCUGACAGCUAGUGAUACAAGCACACAUGGAGGUUUCUCUGUGCCUCGCCGAGCAGCAGAGAAAAUAUUCCCUCCUCUUGAUUAUUCUAUGCAACCUCCUGCACAAGAACUUGUGGCUAGGGAUUUGCAUGAUAAUGUUUGGACUUUCCGUCAUAUAUAUCGAGGGCAACCAAAGCGCCACUUGCUUACAACUGGAUGGAGUCUAUUUGUCAGUGGAAAGAGGCUCUUUGCUGGAGACUCUGUUUUAUUUAUACGAGAUGAAAAGCAGCAGCUUCUUUUGGGCAUCAGGCGAGCUAACAGGCAACCAGCCAACAUAUCAUCCUCGGUAUUGUCAAGUGAUAGUAUGCAUAUUGGGAUUCUUGCGGCAGCUGCUCAUGCUGCUGCAAAUAAUAGUCCCUUUACCGUCUUUUACAAUCCUAGGGCUAGUCCUUCAGAGUUUGUUAUUCCUUUAGCCAAGUACUACAAGGCAGUGUACAGCCAUCAAAUAUCACCUGGAAUGCGUUUCCGAAUGAUGUUUGAAACCGAAGACUCAGGAACUAGAAGGUAUAUGGGUACAAUUACAGGAAUCAGUGAUCUAGAUCCUGUGAGAUGGAAAAAUUCACAAUGGCGUAAUUUGCAGGUUGGUUGGGAUGAGUCAACUGCUGGGGAAAAGCGUAGCAGGGUUUCACUUUGGGAAAUUGAACCAGUGACUGCUCCUUUUUUCAUCUGCCCUCCGGUAAAUAAUUCUACUAUUUAUUAUUUGCAUUCUAGUUCCGAAAAAUAAAAUCUUGCAGAUGAUGAUCCAUCUGAUUUCGAUAAUCUUUUCAAGCGGACAAUGCCUUGGCUUGGUGAUGAUAUGUGCAUGAAGGAUCCUCAAGGCCUACCUGGCAUGAGCUUAGUUCAAUGGAUGAACAUGCAGCAAAAUCCUAGUCUUGCUAACUCAAUGCAGCCUAAUUAUGUACCAUCAUUGCCUGGAUCUGUUUUGCAAAAUCUUCCUGGUGCAGAUAUUUCCCGUCAGCUGGGGUUUUCUUCUUCACAAAUUCCUCAGCCUAACAAUGUAGCCUUCAACACUCAGAGGCUACUUCAGACUGCACAACAACUUGAUCAUCUUCAGAAGCUACCGUCAGCAUCUGUCAACUUGGGAACAGUGAUGCAGCCGCAGCAACAGUUGGGUGAUAUCUCUCAACAAUCUAAGCAGAACUUAGGAAGUCAAACUCUUCCACAGAGUCAAGUUCAGGCCCAGAUCUUGCAUCCCCAGAAUCUUGUCCAAACAAACAAUAUUCUUCAACAGCAACAAUCAUCCAUUCAAAACCACCAAUUCAAUCGAUGUGUCCCUCAGAACCCUCCACAGCAGCAGCAACAGCAACAGACAAUUAUGGGUCAGAAUCAGCAACAAACUAUGGUCCCAUCUACUAUACCUGACCAUGUUCAACAGUUACAGAUGUCUGAUAAUCAGAUUCAGCUUCAAUUGUUACAAAAGCUUCAACAGCAACAGCAAACACUCUUAGCACAACAAUCUGCGCUGCAGCAGCCUUCUCAACUUGCUCAAAUCCAAGAUCAGCAGAGGCAACUGUUAGAUGCAGCACAGAGCUUCUCUAGGUUAGUCCCUCCUGGUCAAGUGCUUGAAAUUCCUCCGGUACUUCAAAAUUCACUCCCAGAGAGUAAUGCGAUCACAAAUCAAAUGACAAAGGCUGGUCGGAGCAAUAUACAUAUCUCUCAUUUGCCUCAGCAGCCAAAGCCUCAGCAACAAUCUGGCUUGCUGCCUGAGAUGUCUGGUCAAAUGGCACUUCCCCCUACCCCUUCACCAAACCAGCUCUCUGCUGCUGGCAGUGGCAUACUGAAUGGAGCAGCUGUAGCUGGACAAUCUGUAAUUACUGAUGAUGUUCCAUCUUGCUCCACCUCACCUUCUACAAAUAACUCUGCCAGUGCAGUUCCAUUAUUGAUAAAUUCCCAGUUACAUAGAAGCUCAAUAACUGCUGAUGACAUGGCUCAAUCUACUGCAACAUUAUUGAGUUCAGGUGCUUUAGAAACCAUGUCAUCAGGUGCAAACAUGGUAAAAGAUUUACAGCCCAAGUCUGAAGUCAAGCCUUCUUUAAACAUCUCCAAAAAUCAGAAUCAAGGGAGUUUGGUUCAUCAGACAUACUUGAAUGGUGCUGCUGCUCAAACAGAUUAUUUGGAUACAUCAUCUUCGACAACUUCAGUUUGCCUAUCUCAGAGUGAUGCUCACAUGCAUCAGAAUAACAACCCGAUGUCUUACAAUCCACAGUCUAUGUUGUUUAGAGACAACAGUCAGGAUGGGGAAGUUCAGGCAGAUACUAGGAGUAAUGUUCCAUAUGGCAAUAAUGUUGAUAGCCAAAUGGGAAUGCCAUUGAAUCCAGAUUCUCUUUUACCCAAAGGCACAGUGGGGAUGGGGAAGGAUAUGUCGAAUAAUUCAACAAUAGAUGAUAGUAGCUUCUUGAAUAGGGGUGGAUGGGCUCCACCACCACCACCACCACCACCGCCAUUGCCAGCACCACAGUUUCAGCGUAUGAGGACAUAUACCAAGGUUUAUAAACGAGGAGCUGUCGGAAGGUCCAUAGACAUCACUCGGUAUUCAGAUUAUGAGGAGCUUAAACAUGAUCUAGCUCGCAGAUUUGGCAUAGAGGGCCAGCUGGAGGAUCGACACAGGAUAGGCUGGAAACUUGUCUAUGUAGAUCAUGAAAAUGAUGUUCUACUAGUGGGAGACGACCCUUGGGAGGAGUUUGUUAAUUGUGUACGCUGUAUCAAGAUUCUUUCUCCCCAAGAAGUACAACAGAUGAGCUUGGAUGGAGAUUUUGGCAAUGCUAGCCUUCCAAAUCAAGCUUGUAGCAGCUCUGAUGGUGGGAAUACUUGAAUGUAGUCAAGUAAUGUUAACCAUUCUUCCAUGGUAACUUAGGUAUUUUCUAGGAGACAUAACUUAUUGUCCCAAUGGCGGUUAUUAUGCCGUUGUGGACUUUUGUGUCCUGCAUCAGGACUUAAAAGUGAUCUUUUGCAGUUCAGAGGAGUAAUUUUGGCGCUGCUGUGUGCAUGCAAAUUUGAAGAGCCAAACUAAGGUGGAGAACUAACUGCUGCUAAUGCUACAACUUAAACCAAGGUGUUAAAACUGGUACUGUAUUCACCCUGGGAAAGUUUGCUGUGUAUGAAGGCACAGAUAUGUUGUUGUUGUUGUAAUAUUGAACAUAAUUGUUCUGGGCACAGUUAGAAAUGUUUAAUCAAUUGUAUUGUAGAAAGAAAGGGUUUAAAUGUUUAAUAUUACUCCAUAGUUUUGAUUGUAUAAAUUAAAUUUAUAGGUUUGCUGUCUUUUAGAGGACAUUCUGACUUUAUUUUUCUAAUAGAACAACAUUAGGCAACUAUUUUGCCUAAGAUUCUCUAUCAUUUGGACACCAUAGCUUGAUAGCCAAGAGGUAGAGAAACUUCAUUUUUGUUGUAAGCUGAAAUGGGUACUUGGAACCGAGUUUAGGAAUUGAUGGAGCUAAUGGAGCUGUAUUGGCUGUGCAAUAGUUAACCACAA